AUGUCCAGCUCCCGUUCCAGUUCCACCUACUUUUUCAGUUCCUCCAUGAACUCUAGCGAAGGGACAAAUUCUACCGGUCAUCGAUACGCGACCACUUCCCAAACCGAUGCAGAUGGAAAUACGGUCGUGCGGACGGUUCGCCAGGAUCUAGGACGACCUGCUAUUGUAGAGGAGCGACAUUACGAUCGCACUGGGCAAGAACAGAUACAGCUCCCUGGUCCUGAGGGGAGUUCUGCUGUUGGGAUGAGACGCAUCACCGACCUUGGUGAAUAA